AAGACGUAAGCGUCUUCAGUAAGGAUUUAAAUUCUCGUGUAGUCGGUACGUUGAUGCUAAAAUAAUUAUUCGUGACGAAGUUCGAUUAUCCGUCCUGUCAGGAUCGAGCACAAAAACACUUAAAUAAUUUGUUGACAUCAGUGCUUCGUAUAUUAUGUAGAAAAAUAGUAUGGGCUACGAAAUUCAUAAUUGGCCAAUAAAAAAUUGUUAAAUUGACUUCCGCCUCUCUAGUUUGUGAGAAAGAAACUAACUGCUUCACAAUGGUCGCUGCAGUAAUCGAUGACGCCGUGGAAAUGGAAAUCAUCGAUGAAAAUGAAGAAAAUAGCAACCCGUCUUCUAUUUUCUUCUAGAUGACGUUGUCCCGUCUUGCAUCGCUACCCUAUCUUGACGAAACUUCUACUAUUGUCACUUCUCCGAAUAAGAUGUCUGUUACGUCUGUAAAACUAAGUAUCAUCUUCGGUUUUGCUGCUGCUGCCUUAUCGGUUGGCCUUACAUUGGGAAUUUUGUGGCCUAAUUUAUUCCCUAGUAUCCUGUUUCGUCAAUUAAUACUUUCACCGGCGUCUAUAUCUUUUGGAUUUUGGAAAGAAACUCCUAUACCUAUGUACUUGGAGAUGUAUUUGUUUAAUUGGACAAAUGCUGACGAGUUUAAUUCUCACGCUACUACAAAACCUAAUUUUGUUGAAUUGGGUCCUUACGUAUUUAAAGAAGUUGAUUAUAAAGUAAAUGAAGUAUGGCAUGAUAAUGGUACUGUGACUUUUCAACAAAAACGAGUUUGGCAUUUUGAGGAAUCCAUGUCAAAAGGCAGCUUGUCGGAUAAAGUUACCAAUUUAAAUGCCAUAGCAACCACUAUUGCAUAUACCAUCAGGCAUCGUUCUCGCUUUAUACGAGAAACAGUGAAUACAUUAAUAAGAACUGCUGGAGAAACCAUAAUUACUACAAAAACUGCUGGUGAACUUCUCUUUGAUGGAUACAAAGAUCCUGUGCUAGAAGCGGGGUCAGUAGCUAACUACUCAGGAAUACCAUUUGAUAAAUUUGCCUGGUUUUAUGGCCGCAAUAAUUCGGAAACAUACGAUGGCAUAUUUAAUAUGUUCACUGGGGCCACGGAUAUACAUAAAAUAGGUUCAAUUGAAAAAUGGAAAUAUAGUAAUAGAACAAAAUUCGCUGGAUAUUGUGGAAUCGUAAAUGGUACAAACGGUGACUUAUGGCCGCCACUGCCUGACAACAAGACAGUCUCAAUAUUUUCAUCUGAUCUAUGCACGUCGUUAUCAUUGACAAUGCAGAACACAACGGUACAUCAAGGCCUGGUUGGAACCAAAUAUGUAUCCGAUAAAAACAUGCUCGACAAUGGAACCAACGUUCCAUCCAGAAAAUGUUUUUGCAAUGAAGUAGAAUGUCAACCUAGUGGAGUCUUGAAUAUUUCUAGCUGCAAAUUUGGAGCACCGGCAUUUAUUAGUUUACCACAUUUUUAUCUGGCUGACGAGAGCUACAGAAAUUCCAUUACGGGAAUGAAUCCAAAUAAGGAAAAGCAUGAGUUCUCGAUGACUUUCGAACCGACAACAGGGAUACCGAUACAGAUUAGGGCCACGGUACAAAUCAGUCUCUUGGUACAGCCAGAUGAUGCUAUGUCGCUCUUCAGAAAUGUACCAAAAACGUAUGUUCCCAUGAUGUGGUUUGCACAAAGGGCUGAUCUGCCUAGCAGUUAUGCAAGCGGGAUCAUAUUUCUUCUAAUACUUCCAACGCUCGGUUGCGUUAUAUUUUACGGUAUUGCUGGAAUUGGCGUACUUCUCUUCUUCAUUGGUAGUGUCUUAUUUGUUCGAAGAAGACGAGGCCAUAAUGAAGAACAAAAACUGAUAGCGAAGAAGGUGAAAACCGACGUAUCACCGAUCGUCGAUGAAUUUUAAAUUAAAUCAUUUUUAUAGAAAUCUAGGUACUUCUAUUAAUACAGGAUGAGAGUUUUUGUUUUCGUA